AGCCGCCCAGUGUUGGGUCAGCGGCGGCGGGCGGGAGGGAGGGACAGGCCGAGGCCCAGGCCUUGCGACCACCACCGCAGACAGACAGGCAGGAGGGCAGGCCCGGGGGCAAGGGGCGAGCCAGGGACCGACCGACACCCGGCCAGCAGCGGCCAUGGACACCGUGCCGCCCGACCCCGACAUGAUGCUCGACCCCGACGCAUUGAAGGAACCGGACGGCUGCGUGGGCUCUGAGGUACUUUGCCCGUUUCUCUAUACAUCAGCCAUGGACGUCAGCACUGCCAAGUCCAGGGUUGGGAUACCAAUUAGUGGGGAUCUUCCUGCAUUAGUCCAGCAGUUUGUGGAAGACAAACUCCAAACCACCAUGCUGACAGGAAUGAUGAUUGGAGCACUUGUUGCCAUUCUCAUCGUUGUAAUCAUCGUAUUUUUCAUCUUUAGAAGAAUGAAGCAGUCCAGACAACAGCAGCAGGAUGUUCCCCGAUACAGGUUCCGAAAACGAGACAAAGUCAUGUUCUACGGACGCAAGAUCAUGAGAAAGGUGAAGCUGUCCACUUCGUCCCUGGUUGGGAACAACGUGCCUAGGCAGAGGUUCAGGAAGAGGCAGAAGGUACUGAACCUGGCUAGAAGGAUACUGCGGCUGAAGAAGGAGCCUCCAAUACUGCAGCCAAAGGAGCCGCCCUCUUCACUUCUCGAGGCUGAUCUGACUGAGUUUGAUGUGAAAAAUUGCCACUUGCCCUCUGAGGUUCUUUACAUGCUCAAGAACGUGAGGGUCUUGGGACACUUUGAGAAGCCACUGUUCCUGGAGCUGUGUAAACACAUGUUCUUCGUACAGGUUCACGAAGGGGAGUACAUCUUCCGCCCGGGCGAACUGGAUGACAGCAUCUACGUGGUCCAGGAAGGGAGGCUGGAACUCUGCAUCAGUGAGAAUGAUGGCACUGAAGUGGUGGUGAAGGAGGUGUUACCAGGGGACAGUGUCCACAGUCUCCUCAGUAUCCUCGACGUCAUUACGGGUUAUCCUUCUCCCUAUAAAACCGUUUCUGCCAGGGCCAUGCAAACAUCCACCGUUCUGCGUUUGCCAGCCAGCGCCUUUCUGUCAGUCUUCCAAAAGUACCCGGAAACCCUGGUGCGAGUGAUUCAGAUAAUCAUGGUGCGUUUACAGAGAGUGACCUUCCUGGCGUUGCAUAACUACCUGGGCCUGACCAAAGAACUCUUCAAUUCGGAAAGCCAAGCCAUCCCCUUGCUGUCCUUGUCCAACAUCUCGGUGCCCAGUCCCAGCAAGGCGACCAAGCGACAACUCAGCGCCCCAGUGCUGGAGGACGACAGCUGGGAGAAAGCAAACCGCGGUGGCGAUGGCCCAGGGCACGGUGUGGACGCAGGAGGAUUGGCGGGUGGUAAAUCUGACAUGAACACAGCAUGUGAGAGAGCGAGGGUCAGUCUGGUGGCAGAAGAGCACUGCUCCAGUCCUGCAUUGUCUGGUAUUAAGUCCACAGUGAAGAAGAGCGUGACUAUGUUGGAGCAGCCCAGCGUUUACCAUUACACUGAGGGUGAGGACCACACUGGCAUACAGGUCACCAACCAUAAGCAACAGAUCCUAGAGGCUGCCAAGAAGGAUCUCCUAACUUUGAUGAAACUAGAUGAUCCGUCACUGCUGGAUGGGAGGGUGAGCCUUCAGCAAGUGAAAGCAGGAAUGGUGGUAGCACGGCAAGGUGACCAGGAUGCCAGCAUUCAUUUUGUGGUGUCGGGGCUGCUACAUGUUUACCAGCGAAUGAUCGACAGGGAGGAGGAGACUUGCCUGUUUGUGGCCCACCCGGGUGAGAUAGUGGGGCAACUGGCGGUGCUGACUGGGGAGCCCCUCAUCUUCAGCAUCAAGACCCAGCGGGACUGCACCUUCCUGUGUAUCUCCAAGUGCCACUUCUACGAGAUCAUGAGAGAGAAGCCUAACGUGGUGUUACCCGUGGCUCACACGGUGGUGAGGAGGAUGUCUCCGUUUGUCAGACAGAUCGACUUUGCCUUGGACUGGAUGGCAGUGGAAGCGGGCCGAGCAGUGUACAGGCAAGGGGACAGAUCGGAUUGCACGUUUAUCGUGUUGAAUGGGCGGCUGCGGUCAGUGAUCAUGAGGGACGACAAGAAGAAAGAGCUGGCAGGAGAAUAUGGGCGCGGUGACCUCAUUGGAGUGGUGGAAGCCCUCACACGCCAGCCCUCCGCCACCACUGUACAUGCAGUGAGAGACUCUGAACUAGCCAAGCUUCCCGAGGGGGCCUUGAACUCUAUCAAGCGAAGAUACCCACAGGUGGUGACACGACUUAUUCAUCUGUUGGGUCAGAAGAUCUUGGGCAACUUGCAGCAAGUCAGUUGUCCAUUAGCAGGACGUGGCUUGGGCAUCCACAUGGUGAGCAACAAGUGGGAACUGGUGGGGAGUUCUGCCAGUAAUCUCUCCACCGUCGCCAUCCUGCCCGUGUCUGAGGAGGUGCCCAUCACCGCCUUCACCCUGGAGCUCCGACACGCCCUCAGCGCCAUAGGUCCCGCUUUGCUCCUGAACAGCGAUGUCAUCAAACAGCGCCUUGGAUCGACAGCUUUCGACAGCAUCCAUGAGUAUCGGCUGUCGAGCUGGCUGGCGCAGCAGGAGGACAUCCACCGCAUCGUGCUGUACCAGUCUGACAGUAGCAUGACUCCCUGGACCCAGCGCUGCAUCAGACAAGCCGACUGUAUCCUCAUUGUUGGGCUGGGAGAGCAGGAGCCCACUGUGGGAGAGCUGGAGCGAAUGUUGGAGAACACGGCAGUGCGAGCUCUCAAGCAGCUCAUCCUUCUCCACAAGGAGGAUGGGCCAAAGCCGGCACGCACCGUGGAGUGGCUGAACAUGAGGAGCUGGUGCUCGGGACACCUCCACCUCUGCUGUCCCCGCAGAGUCUUCUCUCACAAGAGGCUGCCCAAACUGCUGGAGAUGUACGAAAGGAUCUGUCAGAAGAAACCUGACUGUCACUCUGAUUUCUCUCGUUUGGCCAGGAUUCUGACAGGGAACUCCAUUGCGCUGGUGCUGGGCGGUGGAGGGGCAAGGGGCUGUUCCCAAGUGGGCAUUAUCCGUGCCAUGCACGAGGCAGGCAUCCCCAUCGAUAUGGUGGGUGGGACAUCCAUCGGUUCCUUCAUGGGAGCGCUGUACGCUGAGGAGAGGAACGUCAACCGCAUGAGGAACAGAGCGAUAGAAUGGGCCAAGGAAAUGACAAAUGUUUUCAGCAAAGUGCUGGAUCUGACGUAUCCCAUCACCUCCAUGUUCUCAGGAUCAGCUUUCAACAGAAGUAUCAGCAACAUCUUUGAGGACAAGCAGAUAGAGGACCUGUGGAUUCCGUACUUCAACAUCACGACGGACAUAACGGCAUCCUCCAUGCGGGUUCAUACUGACGGGUCCCUGUGGCGCUACUGUCGAGCUAGCAUGUCCCUCUCCAGUUACCUACCUCCUCUCUGUGACCCAAAGGAUGGACACCUGCUGAUGGAUGGCGGCUACAUCAACAAUCUGCCAGCCGAUGUCGCCAGGUCCAUGGGCGCAAAGGUUGUGAUCGCGAUAGACGUUGGCAGCCAGGACGAGACGGAUCUGACAAAUUACGGGGACUCGCUGUCUGGCUGGUGGUUGCUGUGGAAACGAUUUAAUCCUUGGGCGACCAAAGUGAAGGUUCUGGGCAUGGCUGAGAUCCAGACGCGGCUGGCUUACGUCUGCUGCGUGCGGCAGCUGGAGGUGGUGAAGAAUAGUGACUACUGUGAGUACAUCAGGCCCCCCAUCGAUCGCUACGGAACGCUGGAGUUCGGCAAAUUCAAUGAAAUUGCUGAGGUCGGGUACCAGCAUGGGAAGACACUCUUUGAGUUGUGGAAUAGGAACGGAGUCAUUGACAAGAUCCUGAAAGACAGGCCCAUUGACCAGGUUGCCAAGACACGGCCCUCUGAUGUCACUUGUCCGAACACCACCUUCACUGAUCUGGCUGAAAUAGUCUCCAGAAUCGAGCCUGCAAAGAUCCUAGCUGUGGACGAUGAGUCUGACUACCAGACCGACUAUGAAGAGGAUGCAUUCGACACAGAGCGGGAAGACUUUGAUGGUUUCCCUAGUGAGCAGAAUGAAGAUGAGGCCUCCAACAGUGAUGAAGAGAGCGGAUGCAGGCAGAGGAAACCCAUUUGUGGAGCUCCCAGUGCGCUGGCCUGAUGGACUGAGCUGCCUCCCACACAGCCCAGGGUUCACUUGUUCCUCAGCCCACUGCCUUCCUUGGUGGUUGUCACCGCACUUGGACAUUGCCCCAUAUUGUGGAAGUAACGCAGGCCAGAGUGUUUGGAGUGAGAGGUGGUCGUGUAAGCAUUGCCCUCAUGCUCGCAAACAAUUAACAUACGCCGUGUGGAAUUGACGCCUUGGGGCGGGAGCGGUGUGGGGGGUAGGUUCAUAAAUGAAAUGUAGAUAGUUUUGUUUUCCUGAACAUUUCAAGGCCUUAAAAAAAAUUACCUCACUUUUCAGCCCCUUCAAUAGAGAGUUGUGACAUGCCAGAAGGGUCAUAAUGACUCAUUCAGCACUUUAAUUCACCACAGCCCUCGCCCUAGUGUGGUAAUGUGGCGUUUAGGCUCACCCGACAAGGCUGCUGUGUUUCAAACGUGAGAUCCGACGGGAUUUACAUUUGCCUUACGAUGCACUUCUGCAGCCGAACGGGACAUUAGUGGAGAGAUGGGGCGGGUCAGCCUGCCUCAGGUCAACCUGCCUGGAGCCACUGACCCAUUCCCCCCUAUCCCCAGUGUACGCUCACCUCCCUCUUGCCCCCAUGGACCGACCGCAGGCAAACAGAAGAUGAGUCACGGCCUGACUUGCCUCAUCCCUUGCAGCCCUUCAG